AUGUUCAAAACCACACCAGAAUCUAAUUGUUACAUUUGCGGAAUAGCUCCUCUUGAAAACAAUUUGGUUGUGUUUACAUUUGACAAAGAGGGACAAACUAGUGAUGAACCAAAUAAAUAUAUUGCUGAUCGGCCUCAUCUCCAAAUCUGGGAACCUGGGACUAAUUACUAUGAGGAGAUUUCAGAUGAUGCCUUGUCAUUCCGAGCCUUUGAAGAAUACCGCUGUUUUGAUUAUCAUUUGGAAAGUGUAGUGGAGGAGAGCCUUUACUUUCUCAUUAGUCCAAAGGAUGUGGUAGUGGCCAAGCUCAGGGAUCAUGAUGAUCACAUCACAUGGUUGCUGGAGCAUAAACGCUAUGAGGAUGCCAUGGAAUCUGCAAUGACUCACAGCAGAGAGUUAAAGAGGCAUAAUGUGCAAGAACUCGGGAAGCAGUACCUCGAGCAUCUUCUGGAAGCUGAAAAUUUUAACGAAGCAGCUCAGUUGUGUGCACGGAUUCUUGGGCGCAAGAAAGAGCUAUGGGAGUCAACGUUUGAGAAAUUCAACGACAUUGGUCAGUUAAAGGUCCUAGCACCAUAUCUACCUUGUGGAAACCCCCUGCUUAGUCCCCAUAUCUAUGAAAUAGUUCUCAAUGAAUUUUUGAGGACUGACCAUGAAGGUCUCCUCCGUUUGAUAAAAUCAUGGCCACAUAAUUUGUACAAUAUGCAGGCAAUAAUUAACCGUCUUCGAAAUGAAUAUGAACGUGAUAAGAAUAACCUUAUCCUCCUGGAGUGUCUUGGAGAAUUAUACACUUUCCAAAAUAGAUUUGACAAAGCUUUGGCAAUCUUCCUCCGGAUGAAGCAUAAAGAUGUCUUCUCUCUGAUCAACAAACACAAUUUAUUUGAUUCUAUCACUGACCGAAUCGUCCAACUGAUGCAAUUUGAUCAGGAGAAAGCUGUCAAAUUGCUUCUUGAUAAUAUAGGCAAAAUACCUAUAAAAAAAGUUGUACAGCAAUUGGAACAAUCUCCUGAACUUUUACACUGUUAUUUAGAUAAGUUAUUCCAAAAAGAUCCUCAGCUUGGACAAGAAUACCAUGCGCUCCAAAUCAAAUUGUAUGCUGAAUAUGACCGAGAAAAGUUACUUCCACUUUUAAAGAACAGUACGCAUUGCCCUCUACAAAAAGCACUUGAAGAAUGCAGAAAUCGAAAAUUUUUGCCUGAGCAAGUAUUUCUUCUCAAUAAAAUGGGUGACACAAAAGGAGCACUGAAGGUAAUAAUGGAGCAAUUGGACAAUGUCCAGAAAGCUAUUGAUUUUUGUAAAGAACAAAAUGACAAAGAUUUGUGGGAUGAUCUCAUCACUUUUUCCAUUGACAAACCAGUGAAGAAUAUAUUCUCAUGA